CCGCCGUGGCCGCCGCGCGAUGCCGCCGCCCGCCGCCCUGCUCCGCUGCGCCUUGGCGCUUCUGCUCCUUGGCCGGGGGGUCCUCUCCUCGCUUCCAACGGAGAAGGAGGAGGAGGGGGCGCCGGCCGGUGGGGCGGAGGAGCUGCCCACUGUGGUGGUCGCCGUCCUGGCCCGCAACGCCCAGCACUCGCUGCCCCACUACCUGGGGGCCCUGGAGCGCCUCGAUUACCCCGCGGAGCGCAUCUCCCUCUGGUGUGCCACGGAUCACAACGUUGACAACACAACGCAAAUGCUGCAGGCAUGGCUCCAUGCUGUGGAGAAACGUUACCGGUCCGUCGCGUGGAGAUCUGUGGAAGAGCCCAGCUCUUACCCGAACGAACUGGGACCCAAACACUGGACUGAGCCGCGGUUCGAACAGAUCAUGAGGUUGAAGCAGGAGGCCCUCGACUUCGCCCGGUCGCAAGGAGCCGGUUAUAUUUUGUUUGCUGACACGGACAGCAUCCUGACCAACAACCGGACCCUGAAGUUCCUCAUCGCCCAGAAGAAAUCUGUCGUUGCACCCAUGAUGGACUCCCAGACUUAUUACUCUAAUUUCUGGUGUGGGAUCACUCCGCAGGGUUAUUACCGACGGACGGCGGAUUAUUUUCCCACCAAGAAUCGCCACCGCCUCGGGUGUUUCGCUGUGCCCAUGGUCCAUGCGACCUUCUUAAUUGAUCUACGGAAGGACGACACAGUCAAUCUCACCUUUUACCCGCCCCACCCCAGCUACUCCUGGCCUUUCGACGAUAUCAACGUCUUCGCCUACUCUUGUCAAGCUGCAGGGGCCGAGAUGUAUUUGUGCAAUCAGGAGCGGUUUGGGUACAUCAACGUCCCGAUGGCAUUGCAUCAGACGCUGGAAGAGGAGCGCGUCCAAUUCGUGCAUCUUAUCCUGGAGGCUAUAGUGGAUGGGCCUCCGAUGGUCCGUUCCAGGCACAUCUAUGUCCCCCCAAAGCUUCCAACCAAGAUUGGGUUUGACGAGGUUUUUCUCAUCAACCUGGCCCGGCGUCCGGACCGGCGGCAGCGCAUGCUGGACGCUCUCUUCGAGCUGGAAAUAGACCCCUUGGUGGUUGACGCCGUGGAUGGAAGUGCCCUGAACAGCAGCAGCAUCAAGAAAAUGGGCAUCGACUUGCUCCCCGGAUAUUAUGACCCCUUUUCAGGCAGGACCCUCACCAAAGGGGAGGUCGGCUGUUUCCUCAGCCACCACCAUGUGUGGGAAGAGAUCGUCAAGAGAGGGCUGGAAAAAUCACUUGUGCUGGAAGACGACAUCCGGUUUGAGGCUUAUUUCAAGAAGCGCCUUCUGAAGCUGAUGGAGGAGUUGGAACAGGCGCAACUGGACUGGGAGCUGAUCUACUUGGGGAGGAAGCAAGUCAAGGCAGACGAGGAGGUGGUGGUGGAGGAAAUCCACAAUCUUGUGGUGCCCGAGUAUUCCUUCUGGACGCUGGCCUACGUCCUCUCGCGGCGGGGGGCUCAAAAGCUGGUCGAGGCGCGGCCCCUCUCCAAAAUCCUGCCCGUAGACGAAUUCCUGCCCAUCAUGUACGACAAGCACCCCAACGAGGAUUACAAAAAGCAUUUCAGUGGCCGGGACCUCCGGGCCUUUUCCAUCCUGCCCUCGCUGGCUUACCCGGCCCAUUAUGCUGGGGACGUGCAAUGGAUGAGCGAUACGGAGUUUUCCACCAUCUGGGAUGACGAUUCGCGCAAAACCACGUGGAGCGGCUCACAGAAGACGCUGAAGGGCGCCUGCAGCAGCGGAGGCCCAGCCGGCCAUUCCUUCCCCAUGGCAUCUCGGGAUGAGCUGUAACAUCUGUCUGGAUCCCCUGCUGCACUCUAAUCAUGGGAGAGAAAGGACGGAUUCAGGGAUUGAGGGUCCCAGCUUCCAUUUUGUUCCAGGACACGCAGCAUCUGCUGGAACUGUUUGGACAAGAGGGAUGCUCAGUGGCAGGGCGUGGACUGAAGAUGGGUUUGGGCUGGCCCAUCUGCUGGGAGACGGACCCUCGCUGUGCAAGGACCAGGCUGUCAACUGGACAAUCCUGACCAAAUUUACUUGAUGCAAUAAAGAUUUCUGCACAGAUUCAA